AUGGGAAAAAAUAUUACUGGAGAAACAUUACGAAAUGCACUAUUAUCAGGUAAUAAUGAAACUGAAUGUAAUAAACUUUCAAGGGAAUUUAAAAUUCAAUGUAUGAAAUUGGCAAAAUAUUAUUUAUCUGGUGUAUGGCAACAUUUAACUGAAGAUAAUUUUUUAGUUACAAAAGUAACUGGUGGGUUAUCAAAUUUAAUUUUUAAAAUUGAAUUACCUUCACAUAUCAAACCAACAGGAAAAGAACCAUCAUGUGCAUUAAUUCGUAUUCAUGGUUCAUCAUCAUCGUUAACUCUUAUCAUUGAUACAAUUAUCUUUACAAUAUUAUCAGAAAGAAGUAUGGGCCCAAAAUUAUUUGGAAUAUUUUCAGAAGGUCGUUUAGAAGAAUAUAUACCAUCACGUUGUUUAUCUAAAAUUGAUCUUCAUCAGGAAUGUGUUCAAAAAAAUGUUGCAUUUCUACUUAGUCAAAUACAUACAUUAUGUUGUCCAAUUAAAAAAGAAUCUGUUCUUGUUGAUCAAAUAAAACAAUGGUUAAAAAAUAUUGAAUUAAAAUUAGGAAAAAAUGCUAAAUGGGAAAUAAAAACAACACAAAUUGAUAGUAAAUAUUCAAAAAAUGCACCAAAAUAUGUUACAUUAGAAAGUUUAAAAAAUGAAUUAGAAUAUGUUGAAGAAUGUCUUAAUAAAAGUAAUAGUCCAAUUGUAUUUUGUCACAAUGACCUUCAAGAAGGUAAUAUACUACUUAGUAAUGAAUAUGAAUUAACAAAAGAAGGAAAAUUAAAAAAGAUUGAUAAUGAUAUAGAUGAAUCUCUAAUACAACCUUUUUUUGUUAUUGAUUAUGAAUAUGCUAAUUAUAAUUAUAGAGGAUUUGAUUUUGGUAAUCAUUUUUGUGAAUGGGGAAUUAGUUAUGAUACAGAAGAUUCUUGUGGAUAUACUAUAAAUACAGAUCAUUUUCCAACAUCUCAAAAAAUGAAAGUAUUUUUAAAAGAAUAUUUAAAUAGUUUUUAUAGUAAUCAAAAUACAGAUUCUAAUUUCUCAUUAACAUAUGAUUUUAAAAAGGAUAUGAAAACAUUAAUUGAUGAAGGAGAACGUUUUAUGGCUGUAAGUCAUUAUUUUUGGUCAAUAUGGUCAUUUGAAAUGGAAACACAUAAAGAAAUUGAAUUUGGAUAUGUUCCUUACGGUAUCGAUAGAUUAUGCUUGUAUUUUGAAGGAAAAAAAGAAUUAUCAAAAUAUUUAAAAUAA